AUGUUUAUAGGCCUCCAGUCUUCCGAAUUGAAAACCAGGCAGUCAUCACCUGGCGAGGAACUGGUUGGAGGUGACAUCGAGGUUGAUGGUGAGCCCAGUUCAUACGAAUCUGGAGCUUUUACAAAGUCCGACCAUGUUUCUAAUAAAGAUGGAGAUAAUUCCUGUGAAAUACACGAAGAUGAAUAUAUUUCUACCGAUAAGACUUUGACGCCAGAUGAACACCUUGUCUGUCUAGCUAGAUUUCAUCGGCUUUUGGCCGACCAUCUGUUCACCAAUGGACAACAUAAGGCCGCUUUGGCUUUGGCCAAGGCUGGCCCUGCCGCCUCUCUCUGCCUUACAGACAUUUAUGAGGAGGCUGUCGCAAUAGAAGAGGCUUUGGUCCGAGGGGAUACCUCUCCUGCUCAUGCCUGGUGUCAAGAGGCAAAUUUCAAACUUAAAAAAAUAGAAGUAGGUUCGCGCUAA